GACGACUUCAUUAACUUUAAAGGAGACUCUUCACCUCAACAGAUGGAGGAGUCUGUGUCUAAGAGGAGACCACCCUCUCCUGCACCCACCUGUGUGUCUAUGAAGAGUGAUCAGUCCAAAGAUGACAUUGUUAACUUUAGAGGAGACUCUUCACCUCAACACUCAACAAGGCGUGAGGAAUCCCACUCUGCUGUAGUGAGCCCUUGUGAGCCCUGGAGGAAGCAGAAACCCAGUCAACCAGAACUCAGGCCUUCAGGACACAGACAGCCCUGUGAUCACAGACAGCAACUUGAUCAUGUGCAGGAAAUGCAGCAGAUCCACAAGUCUCAUCUGCAGAAGAGGUUUCAGUGUCUGAUUGAGGGCAGCAUAGAGCAGGGAAACUCCACAGAACUGAAUAAGGUCUACACAGAUCUCUACAUCACAGAGGGGGGGAGGGGAGAGGUCGAUGAUGAACGCGAUGUCAGGCAGAUAGAGAGUGCAUCCUGGAAAGCAGUAGAACUAGGCAGACCAAUCAAAUGUAGUGACAUCUUUAAACAAAGAUCUGGACAAGCCAAACCCAUCAGAUCGGCACUAACUAAGGGAGUGGCUGGCAUUGGAAAAACUGUCUCUGUGCACAAUGAUGAACAUGAGGUCAGACAGAUAGAGAGAGCAUCCUGGGAAGAAGUUGAUCUAGGCAGACAAAUCAAAUGCAAAGACAUCUUUAAACCUGGAACCGAAGAAGUCAAACCCAUCAGAUCAGUGCUGACUAAGGGAGUGGCUGGCAUUGGUAAAACGGUCUCUGUGCAGAAGUUCAUUCUGGACUGGGCUGAAGGGAAAGCCAAUCAGGAUGUUCAUUUCAUAUUUCCUUUUCUUUUCCGGGAAUUGAACCUGAUGAAGGAGAAGAAACUCAGUCUGGUGGGUCUUAUCCAGCACUUUCACCCCAAAAUAAAAGCAGAGGAAAUACUCACCAGUUCAAAACACAAAGUAUUGUUCAUCUUUGAUGGUCUGGAUGAGUAUCGAUUUCCUCUGCAGUUCAACCACACCUCAAAGUGUUGUGAUGUGACAGAGCAGGUCUCACUCGACAUGUUGCUGACAAACCUCAUCCAGGGGAAUCUGCUUCCCUCUGCUCUUCUCUGGAUCACCACUCGACCAGCUGCAGCUAGUCAGAUCCCUCACUGGUGUGUGGACCAGGUGACAGAGAUUAGGGGGUUCAACAAUCCACAGAAGGAGGAGUACUUCGGGAAGAGAAUCAGUGAUGAGAAUCUGGCCAGCAGAGUCAUCAGACACCUGAAGUCAUCCAGGAGCCUCUACAUCAUGUGCCACAUUCCAGUCUUCUGCUGGAUUGCAGCCUUUGUUGCAGAGAGAACAUCAGAAGAAUCAGACAAAGCUGAAAUGCCAAGGACUAUGACUCAAAUGUACAGCCGCUUUCUCAUCAUUCAGACCAGCAUUAAAAAGGGCAAGUACACAGAGAGAAAAGAGACAGAAGAAGAGAUCAUUUUCAAACUGGGGAAACUGGCCUUUCAGCAGCUGGAGAAGGGCAACCUGAUCUUCUAUGAGGAAGACCUGAGAGAGGCUGGCAUCGAUGUCACAGAAGCGUCAGUGUACUCAGGAGUGUGUACCCAGAUCUUCAGAGAGGAGAAGGAUGUUUACCAGGGAAGAGUGUUCAGUUUUGUGCAUCUGAGCAUCCAGGAGUUCCUGGCAGCGUUUUAUGUGUUUCUCUGCUUCAGCAACAGAGACAGAAACAUGUCUGACCAACAGCAAACCUCUCAGCUCUCUGCUCUGUUCAGAGCUGCAACACUUCAUGACCUGCACAAGACUGCAUUGGAUCUGGCCUUACAGAGUGAGAAUGGACACCUGGACCUUUUCCUCCGCUUCCUUCUGGGCCUCUCACUGGAGUCCAAUCAGAGCCUCCUAAAACACCUGCUGCCAAAGACCAGUAGCCAAUCACAGAGCUCAGUGCAGACAGUAGAGUAUGUCAAAGAGAAGAUCAGAGGUGAGAGUAGUUCAGACAGAAGGAUCAACCCGUUCAGAGGUAGUUCACACAGAAGUAUCAACCUGUUCUACUGCCUGAAUGAGCUGAAUCAGCAUGCUGUAGUGGAGCGCAUUGACAGGAAGGAAGGAGAGCUGUAUGUAGAGAUGCUCUUACCAGGAGAAUGGAAGACUGUGGAAUUUAAUCUCAAGAUGUCAGAACAGCAGCUAGAUGGGUUUGACCUGCAGAAAUACAUACAGACACCAGAGGAAGACCAGACUGAACUCCUCAGCCCUGAUGAUGUUCUUCAGAAGCUGGUGCCAGUGGUCACAACAUCCACCGUGGCAAG